AUGGCCACUAUAGUUGCUGUUUGCAGUGGUCUGGGGAGGAAUAAGUUGACACACCUCGUAAUGGCUGCUGUUAGCCUUACACAUCCCAGGACUCACGUGGUGCUAUGGAGAAGAGGUUGUUCACAAUAUAAACAGAUAUCCACCAAUGAGGACCUGUCCAUUCCAAUGGAAAAUUCUUAUAAAGAAGCCCUUAAGAAAUGUAUCUUGUGUGGAAAGCAUGUAGAUUUUAAGAAUGUACAGCUUUUGUCCCAGUUUAUUUCUCCAUUUAUUGGAUGCAUUUGUGGAAGGCACAAAACAGGUCUUUGUGGGAAGAAACAGAAAGAAAUCACAAAAGCAAUUAAGAGACCUCAAAUAAUAGGGCUUAUGCCAGUUACAUACAAGGAUGCUGCAUACCUCAAGGACCCUAAAGUUUGUAACAUCAGAUAUCAGGAGUAA